AUGCCUGGAGAAGCUGGUCUCCUCAAGACCCARGCUUGCCUGCUGCUCGUGGUGUCCCUGUGGCCGUUGGCAGAGYCAGCCCUGGCCACCCCGUGCCCCGAGGGUGGACUGAGGACCAUCAGCAGGGGGGAAAAGAAAUGCUGCCCUGAAUGUCRAUCAGAUCCUGGCGGCCACCGAUGUCUAGGCGUGGAGGAUAACGACUGCAAAUGCCGUCAGGGAUACAGCUGUGCGGAUAAUUUGUGUCUGCAAUGCACAAAACUGCCUGAAUGUGCAGAGGGAGAGGAGCUGGUUAAGCUUGGCAUUAUAGACUUCACAUUCAAGUGUAAACCAUGUGAGAGAGGGACCUACUCUAAUGUUAAGAACAGCUGGUGCCGUAGCUGGACUGACUGUGAAAGUGCUGGAUUUCUAACAGUCAAGCCAGGCAACCGUACACACAACGCUGUAUGCGGUUUCCCUGCUAAAGAUUUGAUGGAAGUUCUGAACAUAAGCGAGUCUUUGUUCACCACGAUCCUGGCCGUCCUUGCCGCAGUCGCCGUGUUUAUGCUGAUCCAGCUGACCCUCUUCUUGCACUUCUGCCUCUGGUCGCUGAAAAGAGAAAAACACCACGGCGUUGACAGUCUGGAAUAUACCUUACCUAGGCCGUCGCAUGGCUCGCACCAUAAAGAGGAGACUUACAGCUGCCAGUUCCCAGAGGAAGAGCAUGGGUGCAAGACCUUGGAAGAAAAACCUUGCUAUUUUUACCCUCAGAGCCUGCAGUGA